AUGUGCAUUGAUGUUCACCCGUUUCGUGUUUGCUCCUGUGAUGGAAGGUGUGCGAGCAUGCCACUGCUAGUGUAUAUCGAUGAUGUGGUGAUUAAAUCCCCAGAGGAGGGAAACCACAUGUCAAAUCUAAGGAAGGCAUUCCUAAGAAUGAGGCAACAUAAACUAAAAAUGAACCUAAAGAAGUGUGUUUUUGGAGUUCAAGCAAGAAAUUUCCUAGGAUUCUUGGUCCACCAGAGAGGCAUAGAAAUUGACAAGAACAAGGCAAAGUCCAUCAUAGAAGCUCUACCGCCUAGGAAUAAGAAAGAAUUAUUGAAACAGGAACAGACCUUCAACUGGGAGGAACAGCACCAACAAGCUUUUGAGGAAAUCAAGCAUUACCUCUCAAAUCUGCCAGUUCUGUCCCCACCAAAGAGAGGCAUACCACUCAAGCUCUAUGUAUCUGCAUCAGAGGUAUCCAUUGGGAGUCUGUUAGUUCAAGAUAACAAGGAAGGGAAGGAACAGGGAGUCUACUAUCUGAGCAGGACACUGACAGAAGUAGAAAGAAAAUAUUCUGCAAUUGAAAGACUUUGCCUAGCCUUGUACUUCACUGCUGUGAAACUCAGACACUACAUGCUACCAUACACCAUCUACAUCAUUGCCAAAAUGGAUUUGAUCAAGUACAUGCUAACAAGACCAAUGCUGAGAGGUAGAAUUGGAAAAUGGACUUUGACCUUGACAGAAUUUGCCUUCAGAUAUGUUCCCCAGAAAGCUGUCAAGGGACAAGUUGUGGCAGACUUCCUAGCAGACCAUCCAGGUGAAGAAAUUGAAAACAUGGAUUCCUUGGAUAUAGCAAAUGCAGAUCUAUUGAAAAGAGCUCAUAUCUGCUUGAACAAUCCUAUCUAUUCAGUACACCUUACACCUUGGAAGCUAUACUUUGAUGGAUCAAAGACUGAUAUAGCUUCUGGGGCAGGAAUUGUUUUGGAAGAACCACUUGGAAUCAGACACUGUUAUUCUUUCCAAUUGGAUUCACAGUGCACCAACAACAGGGCAGAAUAUGAGGCUCUAAUCAUUGGCCUAGAAAUGCUGGUAGAAUUAAGAAUCCAGUUUGUUGAAAUUUUGGGAGAUUCUAUGCUUGUGCUAAAACAAAUUGUUGGGGAAUACAAGUGCCUAAGUCCUUCUCUAGCCGUCUACUUAGUGGCAACUAGGAAUCUUCUAACAGAAUUCAGAGAAGCUACUUGGGAGCAUAUCCCAAGGGAAGAAAACUUUGCAGCCAAUGAAUUGGCUCAGGUAGCAAUAGGCAUACAAAUGCCUGAAGAUUGUGUGCAAAGAAUCAUCAAGGUAGGGAAGAAAAGCCUACCAUCUGUUCUGACCAGAGGGAUGGAGAUAGAUGUCAAUUCUGCCAUGAUCACUAAAGAUAAUUGGAGAAAUCCUGUCAUGACUUACUUACAAUAUCCAACUUUGUCGUCUGAAAAGAGAGUCAGAAUCAUGGCUAUGAACUACCUUAUAUGGAAUGAAGAUUUGGUCUGA